UAAAAUUACCGAGCAUCAAUACCAGUCUAUUCUCUCUCCCAUUUUGCUUCGUCGUCUUCAUCAGGUUAGGGUUUCUGCCAUUGUAGCUUAGUUUCUUAGCUUACGACUCUAUGAACGCAAUUUCUAGCAUUGUGAAGUCAAUACUUGAUGUAUAUUAGUAUAGAAUAUAUUUUUUCUUUUGAUCUUCUCCUUAAUUAACUAAGGCGUAUUCACACUAAAGAUUCAGAAAAUGCCUGGAAGAAGUUGUAUAGUUUCUGUCAAUAUCUCCUAUAAUUAUAUUCCUGGAUUCCAUUUUGAUCCCUUUUCUAUUCUCUUCGAGUCUUUGUCCCUUCUACUUAUUUAAGAACAUAAAUGACCUUUCACGGCAAAUGAAAAUUCUUAAUGAAGCGAGCAAGGUCUGGUGAUCAGUUGGAAAGCUAGCCUAAGACAAAGAAUAAUUUAUUUUGUAGUACCGGAUAUACAAGAUACGUAAGGUUUUUAUUAUUCCUGACUUUUUGUUUUUGUUAUUUAAUUCGUCACCAAAUUAGGGGGUAGGGAACUGCUCCUAUGCGGGCAGAAAAUUUCCAAAGUCGGCUUCCAUUUAAUAAAGGCAAGAGUAGCAUGAAAACUACCUCUAUACUCUUUUUUUGUUUUCUGAGAAUUUUUUUGUUUUCUGAGAAUGAAACUAGCUAUCUCUAUACUUGAGAGAGAGAGAGAUGUAUAAUUUCUAGCUAUUAAUAUUGAAAUCUGCAAUAAUAUCAAUAGAGCCAUGAAAACUACCUAUCAGAGAGAGAGAGAGAGAGAGAGAGAGAGAGAGAGAGAUAUAUAUAUAUAUAUAUAUAUAUAACAAUUCAUAGCUAUUCUUUACUGUCUUAAUAAAAUAUAUGAUUAAUUAACUAAUAUAGUAAUAUUGCUACCCCGAGAGUACUCUCGAGUUCAUCUUGCGAGCUUCUUUGAAUUUGGAGGCAACUAGCACAUAUAUACAGCAAUUGGUUUCUUUUGGUCCUCAAACAAACGAAACAAGUCAAGUCCCAAGACUCCAGACUCAAAAGUAGCUGUUGUGCUCAAAAUUAUGUUGACAUAGUUAGCUAUGUCAAUAAUACUCCUGCCGCAGCUUGAUCAUCAUCAGAGCAGCGUCGGUAUACAUAGCAUGCCGGACGUGCCUUUGUCCUUGUCCUUGGAAGCCAUCCAAGAAUUCGAAGAAGACUGCUACCCCUACUGCGAAUCUGAUGAUGAGGGGAGUUUGUUUUCUAUUGAUUUCAAUUGUAUCAAUCACAAGACGAAGCCGGAUCAAAUCAUUCAGGAAGAAAGGGUUUAUCACGUCGCAGUGGACCUGAUGAAGAGCGAGUCUAGCAUGGAUGCCCUUCUCUGGACGCUCAGCCAAGCCGUUACUCAUCCAUCAUCCAAUAUCAAAACCGUGUAUCAUGUCAAACUCGUACAUGUCUUUCCACCAAUUCGAUUCAUUCCUUCUCCAUUAGGAAUGCUUCCAAGAAGUAAAGUGAGUCCAAAGAUGGUGAAUAAGUACCUGGCUCAAGAAAGAGACAAAAGGACCAAGCUCCUUGAGAAAUACGUUGCUGCAUGCUUAACCGCCAAGGUUAAGGUCGAUGGUAUGUUUAUUGAGAGUGAUACAAUUUCAAAGGCCAUCCUAAACCUUAUUCCAACUGGAAACGUGAAGAAUCUAGUUGUUGGAACAACGAUAUCCAGUCUCAGGAAACUGAGGUCUAGAAAGGGAACCGGGGUUGCUAAUCAGAUACUACGAAAUGCAUCUCCAGAAACGACCUGCUGCGAUAUAAAGAUCAUAUGCAAGGGAAAGGAAGUGGUGAUUGAUCAGCUUAUCGGAUCGCCUUCCUCGCGUAGCAGUAAUGCAAAUUCCUUGUCAACGCAAGAGGAUCAAGAUCAAGAAGUAGCAAUGUGAUGAUAUGUCGAUCAUCAGAUAAUAAUAACAGGUCGAAGAGCUAGCUAGCUAGUUUUAGGGUAGUUUGUAGCAUGUAAAUGGGAAAAGUAAAACCCUAAUAAUUCUGCUUUCUUUUGUUCUGAAGUGUUUGAGUUUACAACUAUACAUGUUUGUGAAUAGUACGCAUGAUCGAUCAUCACGGUACGGGUUUUG